GGGCAGGGAGCCGACUGACUGGAGUGGCGCUGGGAGCGGCUGUCGGACGCCGGCGGAGCCGCGGACCAGGUUCGGAGGGACGGGGGCUACGGAGGAAGAAGAUGAGCCUAAAGUCUGAACGCCGGGGAAUUCAUGUGGAUCAAUCUGAGCUCUUGUGUAAGAAAGGAUGUGGUUACUAUGGGAACCCUGCCUGGCAGGGUUUCUGCUCCAAGUGCUGGAGAGAGGAGUACCACAAGGCCCGGCAGAAGCAGAUCCAAGAGGACUGGGAACUGGCAGAAAGGCAAGCAUUUUUUGUGGUGAAGAUGAGUGAUAUGCUGCCUCCAGGGCUCGAUUACUCUGAAGUAGCUGUGUCAUCUCUAAAUACAACAGAAAUUCAGGAAGCCAAAGCUCCCAGUCCCUCCAUAAACCGGCAAACCAGCAUUGAGACGGAUCGAGUGACUAAAGAGUUCAUAGACUUUCUCAAGACCUUCCACAAGACAGGCCAAGAAGUCUAUAAACAGACGAAGAUGUUUUUGGAAGCAAUGCAUUACAAAAGGGACUUAAGCAUCGAGGAGCAGUCAGAAUGUACUCAGGACUUUUACCAGAAUGUGGCCGAAAGAAUGCAGACUCGUGGAAAAGUGCCUCCAGAGAAAGUAGAGAAGAUAAUGGAUCAGAUCGAAAAGCACAUCAUGACUCGUCUCUAUAAAUUCGUGUUCUGCCCAGAGACUACUGAUGAUGAGAAGAAAGAUCUUGCCAUUCAAAAGAGGAUCAGGGCUCUACACUGGGUAACACCUCAGAUGCUCUGUGUCCCUGUCAAUGAGGAAAUCCCUGAAGUGUCUGACAUGGUGGUGAAAGCCAUCACAGACAUCAUUGAGAUGGACUCAAAGCGAGUGCCUAGGGACAAGCUAGCCUGCAUCACCAGAUGUAGCAAGCACAUCUUCAACGCCAUCAAGAUCACCAAGAAUGAGCCGGCCUCUGCUGAUGACUUCCUUCCCACCCUCAUCUACAUCGUCCUGAAGGGCAACCCUCCUCGCCUGCAGUCUAAUAUCCAGUACAUCACUCGCUUCUGCAACCCCAGCCGGCUUAUGACGGGCGAGGACGGCUACUACUUCACCAACCUGUGCUGUGCUGUGGCUUUCAUUGAGAAGUUAGAUGCCCAGUCUCUGAAUUUAAGUCAGGAAGAUUUUGACCGAUACAUGUCCGGCCAGACCUCCCCAAGGAAGCAGGAGCCCGAGAGCUGGUCCCCCGAAGCCUGCUUAGGCGUGAAGCAAAUGUAUAAGAACUUGGACCUCCUGUCUCAGCUGAAUGAACGGCAGGAAAGGAUCAUGAAUGAAGCCAAGAAACUUGAAAAAGACUUAAUCGACUGGACAGAUGGAAUUGCCAAGGAAGUUCAAGACAUUGUUGAGAAAUACCCACUUGAGAUCAAGCCUCCAAACCAACCCUUAGCAGCCAUUGACUCUGAGAAUGUGGAGAAUGACAAGCUCCCUCCCCCGCUGCAGCCUCAGGUUUACGCAGGGUGAUGUCUUGCUCAUGGCCAUGUUUAGUUGGGGCUGAUUUCAAAGAGCUGCUGUGUUCCACUGUUGAGGUCCGGAAUACAAGUUAACUGCUUAAAACAUCAAAGUAUUUUUAAGGUACAGUUUUAGGGAUUGUUUUGUUUAUUUUUUUCCUAGCAGGGGAAGUUAGUAAAUAAUAAUGCACUAUUUAUUUCAGUUGGUGAAGUAGGUUUGUAUGAAUUCUGUUUCAAUCUUUUAUGUCCUUUCUGAUUUUCCCAUGGGCUUCCUCUGUGGUAGAUACUGUUAUUGGUUUUGGGCAAAUACUGCCUUUUAAAGGAUAAACAGAUUCUACAAAGUCUAUGUUGAAAUGAAUUUAAAGUUUCCACACUCUCCCAGUGUGAAGUAAUUUUAUAAUUGUAAAGAUAGAAGAUAUAUUAAUAAGUAAAUAUGUAAAAUUGUAAAUAUGUAAAAAAUAGGACUUGGGGAGGGAUGGUGUCUGCGUGCAUGGCAUUUCACAUGCUGAUUUUUUUUUAGGUGAAAAUGAAAUAUAUUGAAUAUUUGCCUUUAG